AUGAAGUUCAUGAAGGUCGGCCGUGUGGCCAUCAUCACCCGUGGCCGUUACGCCGGUAAGAAGGUCGUCAUUGUCCAGCCUCAGGACUCUGGCUCCAAGGCCCACCCCUUCCCUUUCGCCAUUGUCGCCGGUAUCGAGCGUUACCCCCUCAAGGUCACCCGCCGCAUGGGUAAGAAGCUUGUCGACCGCCGCUCCAAGAUCAAGCCUUUCAUCAAGGUCGUCAACUACAACCACCUGAUGCCCACCCGUUACACUCUGGAGCUCGAGGGCCUCAAGGGUGUCGUCUCCCAGGACACCUUCAAGGAGGUCUCUCAGCGCGAGGACGCCAAGAAGACUAUCAAGAAGGCCCUCGAGGACCGCUACACUUCCGGCAAGAACCGCUGGUUCUUCACUGCUCUGCGCUUCUAA